GGGAGCCUGGCGGAACAGCGCGAGAGGGCGCGGGCAGGAAGCGGAACGGGGGACGGGGCCCCUUGGGGCCCCCGCCCCGGCCCGCCCCGGCCCGCCCCAGCCCCCGGAGCCACGUGCGCAUGUUUCCGUGCCGGGGCAGUCACGUGACCCGCGUCAGCUGACCCGUCACGGCGGAGCCCGGUGCCCGCGCCCGGCAGCCUCUGCCCCGCCGCGCCCGGAGCGAGCGCAGGACCCGCGGAGGAUAAGCGCGCCCCGCCCCGCUCUUUUCAUCGCCGGCCCCCCGCCGCCGCCCUGCGCCCGCCCCAGCCCUGCGGGCCUGGCACCCGGAAGCCGUCGCCAGCAGCGCCGUGGCCGGGCGCAGUCCCGCGCUGCCCCCGGGCGGCCCGGAGGAGAUGGCCCAAGGGAGCGGGGGGCGGGAAGGCACCCCGAGCACCCCGGCCGGGGGCUGGUACCCGCUCCCAGGCCCAGACAUGCGGGAGCUGCUCCGGAGCGUGGAGAGGGACCUAAGCAUCGAUCCCCGGCAGCUGGCGCCGGCCCUGAGGGGCACCCACGUGGUAGCCCUGGUGCCUGCGCGCUGGCUGGCCAGCCUCCGCGAUCGCCGGCUGCCCCCGGGCCCCUGUCCCCGCGCCGAGGGCCUGGCAGAAGCGGAAGUCCGGACUCUCCUGCAGCGCUCGGUGCAAAGGCUGCCCCCCGGCUGGACGCGCGUGGAGGUGCACGGGCUGCGGAAGCGGAGACUGUCCUACCCUCUGGGAGGGGGCCUGGCCUCGGAGGACGGGUCCUGCAGCCCCGAGACUCUCAUGCGCUUCAUGCAGGACGUCGCUGCCCAGAAUUACCGCAACCUGUGGCGCCACGCAUACCAGAGGUACGCGCAGCCCUACAGUCGCAGCCCUGCGCCCUCGGCAGCCCCUGCCUUGGAGUCAGUACGGCAGGCUCUGCAGAGGGUCUACGGUUGCUCCUUCCUGCCAGUGGGUGAAGCCACCCAGUGCCCAUCACAUGCCAGAGAAGGUCCCUGCCCCCCUCGGGGCGGCCCUGCUUGCCCCAGUCUUUUACGGGCUGAGGCCUUGCUGGAGUCUCCGGAGAUGCUGUAUGUGGUUCACCCUCACCUGCCGUUCUCCCUCCAUGACGUGGUCACCUUCAGCCCCGCCAAGCUGACCAACAGCCAGGCCAAGGUGCUGUUCAUUCUCUUCCGUGUGCUGAGGGCCAUGGAUGCUUGUCACCGCCAGGGCCUGGCGUGCGGGGCCCUGUCUCUGCACCACAUCGCGGUGGAUGAGAAGCUUUGCAGCCAGCUGCGGCUGGACCUGAGUGCCUAUGAGAGGCCCGAGGAGGAUGAGAGCCAGGAGGCCCUAGUGGCAAGGGGUGAGGCGGGCAGGAAGUCUGAGGAGGAGCGGGCAGGGCAGCCUGGGCCACCCCCCUGUCAGGAGGAACUUGGUGGCCUGGUGCUAGACUGGGUGCACGGCCGCAUCAGCAACUUCCACUACCUCAUGCAGCUGAAUCGGUUGGCCGGCCGGAGGCCGGGAGACCCCAACUACCACCCCGUGCUGCCCUGGGUGGUGGACUUCACCACGCCACAUGGGCGCUUCCGAGACCUGCGCAAGUCCAAGUUCCGUCUCAACAAGGGGGAUAAGCAGCUGGACUUCACCUACGAGAUGACGCGGCAGGCGUUUGCGGCAGGGGGCACGGGCGGCGGGGAACCCCCCCACGUUCCCCACCACAUCUCGGACGUGCUGUCAGACAUCACAUACUACGUAUACAAGGCUCGGCGCACUCCUCGCGCUGUGCUCUGCGGACACGUGCGGGCGCAGUGGGAGCCGCAUGAGUAUCCGGCCAGCAUGGAGCGGAUGCAGAGCUGGACCCCCGACGAGUGUAUCCCCGAGUUCUACAGCGACCCCUCCAUCUUCCACUCCAUCCACCCCGACAUGCCUGACCUGGACGUGCCGUCCUGGUGCGGCUCCAGCCAGGAGUUCGUGGCUGCCCACCGAGCCCUGCUGGAGAGCUGGGAGGUGUCCCAGGACCUGCACCACUGGAUCGACCUUACGUUUGGCUACAAACUCCAGGGCAAGGAGGCGGUCAAGGAGAAGAACGUGUGUCUGCACCUGGUGGACGCCCACACGCACCUGGCCAGCUACGGGGUGGUGCAGCUCUUUGACCAGCCUCAUCCGCAGCGCCUGGCCGGGACUCUUGCCCUCCUGCCGGAGCCUCCACUCAUCCCCAGGCUGUUAAUCCAGACCAUCCAGGAGACAGAGGGCCGGGAGGACCCGGGACAGCUUCCAAAUGGGGUGGGCCAGCCAGUUUUAGAGGCCAUUCCCUGCGAGGCUACCUGGGCCAGAGACAGGCCAGUGGCAGGAGAAGAGGACUUGGAGCAGGCCACAGAGGCUCUGGAUUCCAUUUCCGUUGCUGGGAAAUCGGGGGACCAGCUGGCCACCUCCUCCGGCCAGGCAGCCCCUAGCCUUCUGUCUUUCUCGGUGGCCUCAGCCUCUCGUCCAGGCCGAAGGAAUAAAGCUGCUGGGGCAGACCCUGGGGAGGGUGAGGAGGGAAGGAUUCUUCUUCCCGAGGGCUUCCACCCCAUGCAGGCCCUGGAGGAGCUGGAGAGAACAGGCAACUUCCUGGCCAAGGGCCUCGGGGGCCUGUGGGAGGUGCCUGAGCAGCCCCAGGGUCGGCCAGCCAUGCCGCUGCAGCACCUGUUCCACAGGGACAUGCAGGCACUGGGAGUCCUGUUGGCAGAGAUGGUGUUUGCCUCCAGGGUGCGGACGCUGCAGCCUGAUGCACCUCUGUGGGUGCGCUUCCAGGCCGUACGGGGACUCUGCACGCGCCACCCUAGGGAGGUCCCUGUGUCUCUGCAGCCCGUGCUAGAUAUACUCUUGCAGCUGAGUGGCCCCGAAGGCCCCCUGGGAGCAGAGAGGGGCAAGCUGGACCGGCUGUUCGAGUACAGGCCUGUCUCCCAGGGACUGCCUCCGCCCUGCCCGGGCCAGCUGCUCAGCCCCUUCAGCUCCGUGGUUCCCUUCCCGCCCUACUUCCCCGCGCUGCACAGAUUUAUCCUCCUGUACCAGACGAGGCGUGUGGAGGACGAGGCACAGGGGCGUGAGCUGGUGUUCACUCUGUGGCAGCAGCUGGGUGCAGUGCUAAGUGACAUCACCCCUGAGGGCCUGGAGAUCCUGCUGCCCUUUGUGCUGUCACUCAUGUCCGAGGAGCACACGGCCGUGUACACUGCCUGGUACCUGUUCGAACCGGUUGCCAAGGCACUGGGCCCCAAAAAUGCCAACAAGUACCUCCUGAAGCCUCUCAUCGGUGCCUAUGAGAGCCCCUGCCAGCUCCACGGCCGCUUCUACCUGUACACUGACUGCUUUGUGGCCCAGCUGAUGGUGCGGCUGGGGCUGCAGGCCUUCCUCACUCACCUGCUGCCCCACGUCCUGCAGGUGCUGGCAGGCACAGAGGCCUCCCAGGAGGAGACCAAGGACCUGGUGGCGGCUGCUGAGGACGAGGAAAGCGGGCUGCCCGGGGCCGGGCCAGGAUCCUGUGCUUUUGGGGAGGAGAUUCCCAUGGAUGGGGAGCCUUCUGCCUCCUCGGGCCUGGGGCUCCCAGACUACACGUCUGGCGUCAGCUUCCACGACCAGGCUGACCUCCCUGAGACAGAGGACUUCCAAGCCGGGCUCUAUGUAACUGAGUCUCCCCAGCCCCAGGAGGCUGAGGCUGUGAGCCUGGGCCGGCUGAGUGACAAGAGCAGCACCAGCGAGACCUCCCUGGGUGAGGAGCGGGCUCCAGACGAUGGGGCUGCCCCCAUGGACAAGAGCAGCCUCCGAUCAGGCGACAGCAGCCAGGACUUGAAGCAAAGCGAGGGCUCAGAGGAGGAAGAGGAGGAGGACGGCUGCGUGCUGUUAGAGGAGGAGGAGGGGGAGCAGGAGGAGGUCACUGGGGCAUCUGAGCUCACUCUGUCCGACACGGUGCUGUCCAUGGAGGCGGUUGUGGCCGGCAGCAGUGGGGGAGACGGGGAAGGACAGGAGGAGCCGCUGCCAGAGCAGUCAGAAGGCAAAGAGCAGAAGAUCCUCCUUGAUACAGCCUGCAAGAUGGUCCGCUGGCUGUCUGCCAAGCUCGGCCCCACAGUGGCCUCCCGCCACGUGGCCCGGAACCUGCUGCGCCUGCUGACGUCUUGUUAUGUUGGGCCCACGCGGCAGCAGUUCACUGCCAGCAGUGGCGACAGCCCCUCACUGAGCGCCGGCAACAUCUAUCAGAAGCGGCCAGUGCUGGGCGACGUGGCGUCAGGGCCGGUGCUCAGCUGCCUCCUGCACCUUGCGCACCUGUAUGGGGAGCCCGUCCUCACCUACCAGUACCUGCCCUACAUCAGCUACCUGGUGGCCCCAGGGAGCGCCUCAGGCCCCAGCCGACUCAACAGCCGUAAGGAGGCAGGGCUGCUGGCCGCAGUGACGCUGACUCAGAAGAUCAUUGUGUACCUCUCGGACACCACGCUCAUGGACAUCCUGCCCCGGAUCAGCCACGAGGUCCUGCUGCCCGUGCUCAGCUUCCUCACGUCCCUCGUCACAGGGUUCCCAAGCGGCGCCCAGGCGCGGACCAUCCUGUGUGUGAAAACCAUCAGCCUCAUCGCUCUCAUCUGCCUGCGUAUUGGACAGGAGAUGGUCCAGCAGCACCUGAGCGAGCCGGUGGCCGCCUUCUUUCAGGUCUUCUCUCAGCUGCAUGAGCUUCGGCAGCAGGAUCUGAAGCUGGACCCCACAGGCCGCAGUGAGGGCCAGCUGCCAGAGGUGGUCUUCUCCGAUGGGCAGCAGCGGCCUGUGGACCCCACCCUGCUGGACGAGCUGGAGAAGGUGUUCACCCUGCAGAUGGCGUACACAAUCUACGUGCCCUUCUCCUGCCUGUUGGGUGACAUCAUCUGGAAAAUCAUCCCCAACCACGAGCUGGUUGGGGAGCUGGCAGGGCUGUACCUGGAGAGCAUCAGCCCGAGCAGCCACAGCCCUGCCAGUGUGGAGCCCACCGUGCCCAGUAUGGGCCCUGAGUGGGACCCCCAGGGCGGACGCUGCCCCCAGGACGACGGCCACUCGGGAACCUUUGGGAGCGUCCUGGUGGGGAAUCGCAUCCAGAUCCCCGCUGACUCUCAGCCCGAGAGCCCCGGGCCACUGGGCCCCAUCUCGGGGGCGGGCAGCGGGAGUGAGGACAACGCCCUGAAGCAGGAGCUGCCUCGGAGCGCCCACGGGCUGAGUGGAAAUUGGCUGGCCUACUGGCAGUACGAGAUCGGCGUGAGCCAGCAGGAUGCCCACUUUCACUUCCACCAGAUCCGCCUGCAGAGCUUCCCAGGGCACUCGGGGGCUGUCAAGUGUGUGGCCCCCCUGAGUGGCGAGGACUUCUUCCUGAGUGGCAGCAAGGACCGGACUGUGCGCCUCUGGCCGCUGUACAACUACGGGGACGGCACCUGCGAGACGGCCCCGCGCCUGGUCUAUACCCAGCACCGCAAGAGUGUCUUCUUCGUGGACCAGCUCGAGGCCCUGCAGCAUGUGGUGAGCUGUGACGGGGCUGUGCACGUCUGGGACCCCUUCACAGGGAAAACUCUUCGCGCAGUGGAGCUGCUGGACAGCCGGGUGCCCCUCACGGCAGUGGCUGUCAUGCCCGCCCCCCACACCAGCAUCACCAUGGCCAGUUCCGAUUCCACCCUGCGCUUUGUGGACUGCAGGAAGCCUGGCCUGCAGCAUGAGUUCCGCCUGGGCAGUGGGCUGAACACUGGGCUUGUCCGCUCCCUGGCAGUCAGCCCCAGUGGCCGGAGCAUCGUGGCUGGCUUCUCCUCGGGCUUCAUGGUGCUCCUGGACACCCGAACAGGCCUGGUUCUGCGAGGCUGGCCAGCCCAUGAAGGGGACAUUCUGCAGAUCAAGGCGGUGGAGGGCAGCGUCCUGGUCAGCUCCUCCUCUGACCAUUCCUUGACUGUCUGGAAAGAGCUGGAGCAGAAGCCCACGCAUCACUACAAGUCGGCGUCCGACCCCAUCCACACCUUUGAUCUGUACGGCAGCGAGGUGGUCACUGGCACCGUGUCCAACAAGAUAGGCGUCUGUUCCCUGCUGGAGCCGCCCUCCCAGGCCACCACGAAGCUCAGUUCUGAGAACUUCCGUGGCACGCUCACCAGCCUGGCCUUGCUGCCCACCAAACGCCACCUCCUACUGGGCUCCGACAACGGGGUUAUCCGCCUCCUGGCAUAGGCUGGGGCCAGAGCUGGCCAGGCAAGGGUGGGGAAGGCAUCCCCCGGCGGGGUGAAUGCUCGCCCUGUUUCCCAGCAGCAGCUCCCUCCAGGGAGUCGCUGGGCCCCACACCCUGGGUGCUCACAUGGCCUGCCAACCAGGACCCCCAACUGGGGUCUGGGAGUCCUGACCCCUGAAUCGCCAGAGCCAGCAAGGCUGCCAGAGGGGUCUCAUUCAUGGCCUGGGGCCACACUGCUCCUAGCAAGCGGGAAGUGAGAGCAGGAGGAAGGACGGCCGCCUUCACUUCUCCCCAGCUCUGCCCUGUGGUCCACGUGAGGACAGGGAAGCUUGGCCCUGCCUGGUCAGUCUCUAGCCCCUCAGCCCCUGCUGGGUGCUCUCUGCCCCAUCCCUCCAGGACGGGGGGCUGCCCCAGUCCAGGGUACUGAUGGUGCUUGGAUUCCAGCCUGAGGAGGCUGGCCACAGUCCAGGAGCUAAGCGCCUUGGUCUGCGGUUCAAGUGUUCACCCAUUCAGGGUCUGGCCAUGGUGGGACCAGGAGGGGAAGGAGGAAAGAGAAGGUGCCCUCUGCCAGCGGCCCUUUGCCUCCAGGAGUGAGCCCAUGCCUCGCCUCUCACCCCUAACCACAGUGUUUGUGCCUUGAGCUGAGGAGGCAGCCUUUGGGCCCUGAAAUCCUGCUGGGCUUCAUGACCCUGAGGGGAGGGGUGAGAAGAACCAUCUCUGUGCCUCAGCCUCACAUUCGAGAAUGGAGCUGAAGCCUGGGAUGGCACCUGCUGCCUCCUCACAAUUUGCAAUAGAUGUAAAUAUGACCAAUAAAUCCUCUGGAAGGGCCAUGGGAUGAA